AUGGACCCCAAUGAAAUGCCUGCUGUCCACCACUGCCCUUCAGACUCUGCCACAGGGGGUGAAACCAGAGCCCCCCAGGGCAUGGAACUUAUCCCCAGGAGAGCUGUCAGUCGGUCUCCAACCUGUGCCCGUUGCCGCAACCACGGUGUCACUGCCCACCUCAAGGGCCACAAGCGCCUGUGCCUGUUUCAGGCUUGCGAGUGUCACAAAUGUGUCCUCAUCUUGGAGCGCCGAAGGGUCAUGGCUGCCCAGGUGGCCUUGCGUAGGCAGCAGGAGGCACAGCUAAAGAGGCACCUAGCCCAGGGACUCAUGAGAGGGGCAGCUCCUCCCAAAGCUCCCAGCCGUGUCAAGAAGGGAGUCACUCGACCAGGGGUCCACUCUGGAAAGGAGAACAUAGCACCCCAGCCUCAGACUCCCCAUCAUGUAGUUCCACUGGCACUGACACCUCCUGGAAAGGAGAACUCUCGAGGCCCUCUGCUGCUCAGUCGUCCCCCAGAAGCCUUGCCUUUGCCCUGGACUCCAGUGCCUCCCGGCCCUUGGGCCCCUGGGCACUGGCUGCCUCCAGGCCUUUCCAUGCCAACCCCAGUGGUGUGCCGCUUGCUGUGCCAAGAACCUGCUGUUCCUCUGCAUCCUUUCCCUGGUUUUGACCCUGGCACUGCCCUCCGGCUGCCCACUCAUGGGCCUCUCCCAACCUGCACAGGAUCUUGCCCAAUGCUGACAGCUCCUCUCUCUGGAGAAUCUCAAGGGCCUUCUACCCUGCCCCGCACAUGCUCAACUCUGAUACUCCAGCCCUGUGGCACCCCAGACCCUCUUCUGCUACAGCCACAGGCCCCUGGACCCUCUUGCCUGACCUGGACCUCUGCCUCGUCAGAGCGGCAGCUGCAGCGGGAGGCAGCUGAGGCUCUUGUGGGACUGAAAGAUUCAUCUCAGGCUCCCCGCCUGACUCCUGGCCCUGCCAACCCUGCCUGGAUCUCCCUGCUCCACCCUUGUGGCCCACCAGCUCCUGCUGGAGGAAGAGGAUUCCAGCCUGCUGGGCCCUCUCUCCGGCCCAGCCCAGCCCCUUCCGUGGCUCUGCAUAUUGGGCGACUGGGGUCCAUUUCCCUCCUAAGCUAG